AUGGACAUCGAUAAUGACCGUGAUCUCGAAGGUAAGGACGCCACCCCCGAGGAUGCUUCGGAUCUCGAAGUUGAAGAAGAGGUUCAACGGCUUAUACACGAAGAGGAAAAGGAGAAAAAGAAACGUUUGAAGCGUGUGCGUAAAGCGAAAAUCAAGUUGGCCGAGCGUUUGGUGCUGAAAAUGGAUCAUGCUGGAGAUCGAAUUGAAGAGCGCGAUGAUGAACUAUUCUCUUUGUCCACAUUACACGAUUUGAUCGGGUUAGAGGAAGCCAAUCGUCUCACGGGUGAUACAAGUUUGACCGGCGUAGAUGAGCUGGUUCGUCGUGAGAAAGCUGCAUCACUUCGCGCAUUGCGUGAGAAACGGGAAGAAGAGCGCCGAUCCGCUAUCGAGGGUGCUAAACGCGUGCACUUUGAACGUCGCGGUCAAGAGGCCGAACGUGAAUUUGAAGAAGACCAAAUUAUGGGUCAGCGCGACGAUAUUUACUUGAGUUCGGAUGCCAGCAGUGAUUCGGAUGAGGAUGACAGUGCAGAUGAAGUCCUCCCGUCUGUGAUCAAACGUGCGAAAAACAAGAAUCUCACUGAUGAUGACUGGCCGUCUGAUAAUGAGGAAGAGGAUGAAGAUGACAGUGAUUCCGCUGAACCGUUGUCUAAGCGUAAGCGAUCAGAAUCGGAUCACACCAAAACAAAUAUCAAAGGUCAAUUGCAAACCCCCAUCCCCCGGGUGGACGCAUUCACAUUGAGCAAAUUGAAACGCAACCCACUUUUAGUCGAUCUGGAUGAUGCAGCGGAAGAGACGAAAGAGAAAAGAAAAAUUCGAUCUUGGUUACAGUCCGACGAAAUUCAAAAUAUUCUCAACCCAAUCGAUGGACCAGAUGAAGGUGAAGAGGAUCUUAUGGCUGUGGAUUCGGACGAUGAGGAAGCAGGCACAGAUGGAAUUCGGAACAAAACAAAACGGCGAAACAACAAAAAGCAGCUGGAAAAACAGAAAACGUUUCCUGAUGGUGACACUAAGGUAACCGACAAGAAACCAGAGGCCAAAUCGAAAUCGGCCAAGGAGACGGAUACAAACGCAUCGGGGGCAGAUCAAUCUACUACCAAAAACGAUACGACAAGUUCAGCUCGUGAUAUGAAAUCGUUACAGCGCUUGCGCCGGCUACGUCGCCCUCUCACUCCGAUUGAACGAGCUUUGGCUUUGCGCUUGGUCCGUUCGGCGAAAUCUCGUCGCGACCUGAUCGAGUCACAAUACCAUCGGAUGCAGUUCUUUGACGAGCCGUCAGAAUUGCCAGACUGGUUUGUCGAGGAUGAAAAAAAGCACAUGUUCAAACCUCUUCCUCUUGUCAAGGAGGAAGUGAUUGAAAACAGACCUACCAUGGGACGUACUCUCAGCAAAGUGGAGGAGGCCAAAGCUCGCCAGAAAGCUAGACUAGCUAAACGCUUGAAGCGUAUCCGUCGAAAAGUCGAGGGCAUUUCGGAUGAUGUCUCGGAGGCCGAGAAGUGGCAGCAGAUAAAGCAAAUGUACAAGAAAGCUGGACUUUUGACGAAAAAACGCAGACCGUUGCAUGUGAUUGUGAACACGAAAGCCGGAGCACGUAACCAGACAGGGAAAGCCCCCAAGGGUGCCAAGGUGAAGAUAGUUGAUCGACGUAUGAAAGCGGAUCUUCGUGGACUGCAACGCAGCAGUCGUGGUAAAAGCAAACGACGUGGUGGGGCCGCACGCGGUCGACCGGUAAAACUGAUGGCUCACAAACCGAGAAAUGGUGGGAGACGACGAUAG